GCUGCUUCUGCCCGUGGUUGGUGGCGGCAGCGGAUGCGAUUUUCCGCGCAUUUUUCGGGAGCGAUUUUAUUUCGAGGCGGCGCUUCAGCCGCGCAGCCUCCGCGUGGCGGCUCGGCGACAUUUUACUCGCAGGCGGCUCCCCUCCACCACCACCAUCACCACCACCACCACCAUCAUCACCACCACCACCACAGGCAGCCGCUACAUCUCUUCUCCUCUUCAUCAACAUCGUCCACCACCAGCAGCACCACCACUACCACCACCAACAACAACAACAGCAGCAGCAGCAGCAACCGCGCUUCUUCCAUCUGCCCCGUCGCCAGCUAGGGCUGACCUCGGUCGCUCGACCAUCAACAACAACCACCAUCAACAACAACCACCACCAACAACAACCACCACCAACAACAACCACCACCGUCUCUUCUGUCGUCGAGCACCAGCAGCGAGGCGGAGUUGACGACGCUGGUGGUGGGAGGAUUGUUGGGGGGGUCGGGGGUGGGGGGUGGGGGGACGACUUCUUCCCGGUCAACAACAACAACAACAUCACCAACAACAACAUCAACAACAACAAUCGUCUUUGUUGUGCUCGACCUGAGCGAGUGGAGGAGUUGGGGCGAGUCGUGGUCUUGGACGAGUUCCGCUCGGGGUGCCCUUGGGGGGGAGGGGGGUGCUGGUGGUGGUUGUUGUUGUUGUUGAUAUAGUUGUUGUUUAAAUAGUUUAAAUAGUCGUCGUAGUUGCUGCUGCUGCUGCUGCUGUUGUUUAUAACGCCGCCGCCGCCGCUGCUGCUGCUGCUACCGUCAAUUAUUGAAUCAGUGGACGACUCACUCCAACAACAACCACCACAACAACCAGCACAACAACCACCAGCACCACCACCACCACGUGUAGCAGUAAGGGGGGUAGCCAUGAACAAGUUGUACAUCGGCAACGUGAGCGAGUCUGCGGCGGCGUGCGACCUGGAGUCGCUCUUCUCGGAGCGGCAGCUGCCGUGGCUGGGCCACUUCGUGCUCAAGGCGGGCGGCUUCGCCUUCGUCGACUGCCCCGACGAGACGGGGGCUCUGAGAGCCAUCGAGACCCUCUCGGGGAAAGUGGAACUCCACGGGAAGGCGCUUGACGUGGACUACUCCGUGGCCAGGAAGCAACGGAACCGGAAAAUACAAGUCAGGAAUAUCCCUCCUCAGCUGCAGUGGGAGGUCCUGGAUGGUUUGUUGGCGCAAUACGGCACCGUCGAAAGCUGCGAUCAAGUGACAUCAGACAGCGAGACGGCCGUUGUAAAUGUCACCUUUGCCAGCAAGGACCAAGCCAAGCAGGCCCUGGAGAAGCUGAACGGCCACGAGCUGGAGAGCCACGCCCUCAAGGUGUCCUACAUCCCCGACGAGAUGGCCCCGGCGCAGCCGAGCGGCUCUCAGCAGUCCGCCCGCCGCCGGGGCAGCCAAUCCGGCUCCUCGGGGCAGGGAGCCGCGGGCGGCGGUGGCGGUGGCGGCGGUGGCGGCCCCUCCGGACGCGGGCGCCAGCAGGCCGACAUCCCGCUGCGCAUCCUCGUGCCCAGCCAGUUUGUGGGAGCCAUCAUCGGCAAGGAGGGCGCAACCAUCCGCUCCAUCACCCAGCAGACUCAGUCCAAGGUGGACGUUCACCGCAAGGAGAAUGCCGGCUCGGCAGAGAAGCCCAUCACCAUCCAGUCGGCUCCGGAUGGCUGCACGGCCGCGUGCAAGAUGAUCAUGGAGAUCAUGUUGAAGGAGGCGCAGGACACAAAGUCAGGGGAGGAUGUCCCUCUGAAAAUCCUGGCCCACAACAACUUUGUAGGGCGCCUGAUCGGCAAAGAGGGUCGCAAUCUCAAGAAGAUUGAGCAGGACACGGAAACAAAAAUCACCAUCUCCCCUUUACAGGACCUGACCCUGUACAACCCGGAGAGGACGAUCACCGUGCGGGGCAGCGUCGAGGCGACCUCCAAGGCGGAGGGGGAGAUCAUGAAGAGGCUCCGAGAAGCCUACGAGAACGACCUCGCCGCCAUGAACCAACAGGGAAACCUGAUCCCAGGGCUGAACUUGAACGCAGUGGGGCUUUUCCCCCCAUCUAUGCCCGGAAUGCCGGCCUCAUCAGUGCCACGUGCCAUGAACACCCCCUACAUGCCGUUUGCGAGUCACCCGUCGUUUGUGGGUGGUGCGUACGGCACGUCUGCUGUCACGCCGGCAGUGGCCCAGCCCGCAGCUCAGACGGAGCAGGAGACGGUCUUCCUGUUCAUCCCUACGCAGUCGGUCGGUGCCAUCAUUGGCAAAAAGGGCCAGAACAUUAAGCAGAUCUCAAGAUUUGCAGGCGCCUCCAUCAAGAUUGCGCCUCCUGAAACGCCUGACGCCAAGGAGAGAAUGGUCACCAUUACUGGCCCUGCUGAAGCACAGUUCAAGGCCCAGGGCAGAAUUUAUGGGAAAUUAAAAGAAGAGAAUUUCUACAACCCCAAGGAAGAAGUGAAGCUGGAGGCACACAUCAAGGUCCCAUCGGCCGCUGCCGGCAGGGUCAUCGGCAAGGGAGGGCGAACGGUCAACGAGCUGCAGAACCUGACGAGUGCCGAGGUGGUCGUGCCGCGGGACCAGGCGCCUGACGAUGACGACCAAGUUGUCGUCAAAAUCAUCGGGCAUUUCUUCGCCAGUCAGACGGCGCAGAGGAAGAUCCGUGAGAUCCUGCAGCAGUAUCGGCAGCAGCAGCAGCGGCAGCCACCUCCGGCCGACCUUCCGGGACAGUCCCGGCAGAAGUAGCCCCACCACACCCCACCCACCUCACCACGCCCGACCUCCUGGGCAGUCCACCAGCAGACACCACAGGGAUGGGGAGAGGGCUAGGCACCCAAGCAGGGAGAGGAACUGCUAAGCACCAGUGUUAAAGGCAGAAAUCCGUAUCAAGUUUUCAGUUGUUUUGUAUUGUAACGUCAAUUUUAGAAGAAAAAAAUUGCUUCCCACCAAUUGUCUUAAACCAACGACGAUGAAAUGUGGACUAUGUUUUAUCACCUGCCUUUUAUGGAGGAUUGUAUUUCUUGCCUGGUCCUGUUUCCUCCCCUUUCCCUGUAACCAAAGUAUUGUUUUUCUCUUCCCCCCACCCCCUCCCAUUUAGAAAUUUUUUUGUUAAAAAAAUUUGGCUUUUUUUUUUGAACAGGCAUUGCUUAGUGUUUACAACCGGCUAUUUAAAACCAACGGCAUAAGUCCUUGCUUAGGCAAUGGGAAUCAUUUUAUUAGGUCUUUACUAUUUUUAUAAGACGCAGUGGGACACUACAAGUGAGCCCAAACUGAGGAGCAAUGAAUGUGCUGGCCAAGGCACGGACACAUGUGCUUUUUUUUAACAGAACUACCUCAGGCAUUAAGUACCUCAGAGUUCCUUUUGUUCCUUUGGGAUGGUUUUGUAUGCUUUAUAAAUUGAAAGCCUUGAGCAUUUUAUUUUUUUAAUAAAAAAAAGGGUAAAAUGUGGUUGUGGGGCCGUCGGUUUGGGAGAUAAACUACCGUUUGGUUUUUUUGCCGAGAUGUACAUUUUCCCACUCCCGAACCGACAGCUGGGCGUUUGUGAUAAAAAAGAAAAACGUUUAAGUGACGCUUCAGAAAUGUCGAGCCUCAUUUCUACUGAGGUAACGACACCACCACCACCACACACCCCCCUUUGGGCUUCACACGUUUUCGCAACGACGAUAAUGAAGACUACACGCCAUGCCUAUGUACACGCCAUCCAAAAAGCAAUGCCAGUUAUGUCAAAACGUAGUAAAGAUAUGACCUUUUUACAACAGCGGUGACAAAAGCAAAAAAGAAAAAGGUAUCACAAUGUAAGAAGUUGUUUGAUGUGUGUAUCGGGCGGCUAUGAAUACGAACGUCGGACACUGCUGCUAGGCCGAUGAGUAGGACACCAGGAUCUUCCGUUUGUUCGCCUGUUUCUCCUGCAGUCAGUUCGGAGGUCUUCUCAGCGCCGGGAGCCUGCGUUGCUGGCUUGCGUGCGUGCGUUUGUUUAGUUUUUAAGGCUUCGUGCUCCGCUAAUGAAGGAGAUGUAAGAGCGCGAAACCCAGACGUAUCUCGAGGAGUUUUCUUUUUCUUCUUCUUCUGCACGAGCUGCGCUUACUCUGCAGACUAAAUCCUCCCUGCGUGCAACUCGGAGACCCGAUUUAUUUCUGCGAUUGUGUAUGGGGAUCGUCCAGUUACAUCUCUCGCUUUUACAGGGUGGCACCCUGUCACGCGUAAAUGUUCCAUUGUGAUCGCAGUGUUUACAUUUCGGAAUUGAUGGUCAUCGACAGGGACAUCCUUUCCUUUGUGCAAGAUGCCACCCUGAUCUGAGAAACUAAUAUUUCCCAAUCUCUGAUGUUACGGUGCCUGUGUUCCCUUAAAGCUGUCAGAAAUACUCUCACCUUAACAGGCUAAUUGUCGUGCUGCUUUUACAGAUGUGUAUCUGAAUCAAUUUCACAAUGUAAUCAGGAUUUGUGGAUUUUCUACAUGCAUGUUUUCUCUUUAAGCAAAAUACAUUGCUGCAUGACCUCAGGUAUAAACUGCAGCAGAAAACCAACUGUCUCAUCUGACGUGGAGAGAAAAUGUGUUGUAAUGGUGAAUCAUGGUUUUGUGCUAAUGUAGUCGCGUCGCUUCGACACGAGCGGAUGAACUAUGAUUUGUGAUGAGCCCCAGCAUGCUAUGGGGAUACCGUUUUUUUACAGAUCACCUUUAAGGGAACACAGAUUGGUGGGAGUGAAGAUGUUUGAUAUUCCAGCGAUGAUAAGAGCUGCACAGCGCGUCCUGCCCAGCGCCAUCCUGCCGCUGUGCAACUGCUAUGCAUGCUGGGAAAUCUGGAUGUGCUUGGACCAAUCUGCAGGUGGAAUUUUAUGCACAUUUGAUGGAUAAUGAUGGUGAAAAUUUGCAUCUUGAUUUCACUGUUCUGGUGGAUUGGUAACCAUAACAAAAAAAAUGCAAUCAAUCCGUCGCUGGAACAGCCUUUGGUAAAUUAAUUUCAGUAAAACAAUUCGGCUCCCCUCCAAAAAAAUUAGUGGGUCCGUAUUUUAGGAUCCACAAUUGGACGUGUCCAGUUCGAAUGUUCCUGCCUCAGCCUUGCCCUGCCACAGAAUAUCGCACAGUCGCUGUUAUUGCUGCAUAUCUUUUCAAACAAUUCAACUAAUUUUUUAUUUUACCAAGUAAGGCCCACUGAGCUAUAUAUUUUGUUAUUUUGUCAGACGCGACCCAUCCACAAAUGAUAGCUGAACUCAGUUGGCUCAUCACGUGGAAAUGUAUAGCAGCCAAAUACUCUAAAUUCACGUUUAUAAAUGUGGAGGGAAGACCCGGAGAAAAAGGUAGUAAACAUAUCGCCACCACGGCGUCCAUAUCUGCCUGGUCCACCAACCCCACAUCUCACCACCGCCACUAUCUCAAGGAAAAUCUGGUUUAUCUCUGAUCAAACUGCCACGGCAGAUACUGAAUGUACCCCCAUUAAGACCACACAACAGCAAUACAAAUCUGCAGUAGAACACACAGAUUGCACAGUUCUCGCCCAGGGCAGCAAAAACCUCUUGACGUGUGAUAGACAAAAAAAGUAGCAAUUAACUUUGCUAUAUUAUUGCCAUCUAUUUAGCCUCCGUUUGGUUUUCAAGGCAUAUGUGAGGAUCGUUCAAGGUUAACCUACAUGUUUUUUCUCGUCCAAUAUGCAUAUGGAUUUGUUUCUCGAGGUAGUUUAUGACUAUCCGUUGGAAUGUACUUCUUUACAUGUGUCUAUGCCAGCAGCAUAUACGUGCACACCUUUGCCUGAUUGCAUCGCAUACGUCCCUGCAGGACUUAAUGCCAGCACGUGCCUUGGGGGGGGGGGAGUGGGGGGGGGGAGUGGGAGGGGGCCUCCAGCCACACAACAUGACAGGGGGGACACAUUAGGGCCUUGGUGGUGGGACAGCGUGAAACCUUCCGCGCCCAAGGUGCGCGUAACGACAGAUCUGGCCGGGAGCUCAUCCUGCCUUCUCGGUGGCCACGUUGCGCAUUCCUUGGGCAGCAGAUAGCCCCGCACUUGACUCCUGCGCCCAGUUUCCAGGCGCGAUCUGUUGCUCUACACCCGCCCCUCAGAUCUCGAUGUAAAUGUUCCGCACAAUCGCGACACCGUUUCGCGGCGUCGGCCACUGCGAAAGUUCUCCGUUUGUGAAAAGCACAGGAGCAGGUCGGUUAGGGUGGCUAUAAAUGCGCAUCGAUUGUAACCCGAUUUCCGCCUCCUUUGGAAGCUGUUCUCUCUCCGUCACUCGAGACUUAUGCUCCUUGUUGUCGCCAUACGUUUAUCCAGCAGGCAGUACAAGUAUAUCAGGGUUGUUUAAUUUUGCUUCCAAGGAGGUGACGUCAUAUCACGUGACGAUACACAACAGUGCCGCGUUAUUCUUAGACUCGACACGAGUUUCUCGGUGUUCGGAGAAAAAACGAGUAGGUGAAACUUGAACGGUCCGCAUGUGAACGACGGUGUAGAAACACAAACUUGAACAUGAAAUCGUGCUCACACAAUUACCUGCCCUACGAAAGCGUUUUGCACGUUUCGGUUGCAACUGAACCGACUUCGAAUCACUGCCUUCGCUCAAGUGCCCAACACCUAAAACGCAGCGUUGCGUUCACCAACGGUGUGGACGAAAUCGUCGAGGCAUCGAAAAGGCUGAACGGCGGUGGCGGUGACAACAGCACCGGACGGAUUGGAAGCGUCAAUUAUUGGCGGUGCAUUCGCCCGAUCUUAAUUCGAUUUUAUGGGAUCGCAGAACGUUGAGAAAAAAAGGGUUAUUCCCUUGAAAACAAUAACGGUGUGCAUAAAACAGAAAAAUUCCUCGCGCGCCCCCACCCCAAACACCCCCUUGGUUGCACACACAGAGCCCAAUCCAUGUGCGUCGUCUCCGCGUGCGGAAUGUGGAGCGGCCGUCUCCUUCCUCUGCGCGUGGCACAGCGGCCGCUUGUCCCUUCUCCCGGCGCACGAGGCGCCGCGUGGCGGUAGAGAAUUCCGAAGAGGGGAUCUAAAAGGUGCAUCCAAAUAUGGGGAAACUUUUCCCACGGUCCCCCCUUUACACAAGAGCUCAUCUUCAUGCUGGAUCUACCUCUUCAGAUUUGUGCGGUGUUAAUUGCUGUCGCGAUAAAAACAAAAACUAUUAUCUGGUUGAAUAGAUCUUAAAUGCAGUUGUCGUGGGUAAUACACCUGGUUAUAUCGGUAUAUACAAUGUAGUCUUUUUAAUAUACAGAUUUGUUUCGACAGCUGAUAAGGGGGGGGGGGGGGACAAUGUGGUUUUAAUUUAUGGCAACGCAGGACAAAAAAAAUCUCAAUGACACGUGGGGCAGGAGUGAAGAGGUCAGUGGAGUUUUUGCUUUUUCACUUCCGGACGUCAUGAACGUGGAAUUGUGGAAAUGGACCCGACAAUGUUUCAUUUCCUCCACACUUUUAUGGUUUUUUUCUUUUCAAGUAAAUUGACAAUUUUUAUCAAACAUAACUACUGGUAGUCGUAGACAUUUAUUUCAACACAAAACUUGUUGGAAUUAACAAAAGGGUGGUUUAUUUUAAAAAAACGUGUUUUUAUUUUGAAAAAAAAAUUGCCUCUUUUUCUGCAUAGCUAAUCCAUAUUCUUGUAGUUCGUUAUUUUGACGGUGAAGUUGUCUGGGCUGUUUUGUUUUGUUACUUUGGCUCUGUGUGUGCAAGAAGGGUCGGUGGUUCUCUCAUCACUCAUUGCUUAUUGCCCAGGUGCGACUUCACUUGUCGGCUUUUUUACGGAUCCGUGAUGUUUUUAGUUUAAUUCUUUCUUGCUGUUGAUUUACCUCUAAUAAUCAUUUUUUAUUUAUCUAUCAUUCCCAAGUCUCCUGCUGCUGCUGCUGAGAGUGUGAGCAAUGUACACAUGCCAGUCCUGUUAACGGGCCCAUGUCAGUCCGCAUUCAACAACCAGGUUGCACUGUGCUUGGACCCCCAUGAAUUUGUUUUCUCACAAUCUCUCUUCAUAUCAGACAUGGCAGUUGCAGUGAACUCAACUCUCAAUAAAAAUUGAAGCAGUUUUGAACAACCUUUGUGGAGUCCAUUUU